AUGGAAGCUCCACUGGCAAUUAUUGCUACCCUUUGGCAUGUUGCUGUUGUAUUUAUCGAAGUAUACCUGGUGCAAUUGGAUGGGGAGACACCUUUACACGUCGCGUCAUCACGUGGUAUCGUGGACAUUGUUCGUAUUCUUGUGGAGCGGGAUGCUGAUGUCAACGUACAGAAUAAGGAUGAGGAGACUCCUCUACAUGCGGCUGUGUCUCGUGAUAACGUAGACGUUGUCCGUAUUCUGGUGGAGCAGGGCGCUGACGUCAACGUACAGGAUCAGGAUGGGGUUACACCUUUAUACGUGGCAGCAUCACGCGGUAAAGUGGACGUUGUCCGUAUCCUUGUCGAGCAUGGUGCUAAUGUCAACGUACAGAAUAAGAAUGGGGAGACACCUUUACACGUCGCGUCAUCACGAGGUCACGUGGACAUUGUUCGUAUUCUUGCGGAGUGGGAUGCUGAUGUCAACGUACAGAAUAAGGAUGGGAAAACACCUUUACACGUCGCGUCAUCUCGUGGUAACGUGGACAUUGUUCGUAUUCUUGGUGAGCGGAAUGCUGAUGUCAACAUUCAAAAUAAGAAUGAGGAGACUCCUCUACAUGCGGCUGUGUCACGUGAUAACGUAGACGUUGUCCGUAUUCUGGUGGAGCAGGGUGCUGACGUCAACGUACAGGAUCAGGUAAUACCUUUCUUGUAUUGCUUCAAAACAAGGCUGUUAUCGGUGGAAGCACAAUGAAAGCUGCAUCCAUAUAUCAUUUUGUCCUUAGCAUUAGUAUGAUAAUGACUCGAAGACACUUGUGAAAAUACGAUGCUUCAUCCACUUUCCUUUGGCUUAUGUAUAAAAACUAUGGGUGAAUUUGUCGGUGAUUGCCUCACCGAGUACAUACUAAAUCAGCAAAGAAACUCUGCACUGAUAUAAACGUAUAUUAUUUUUACACGUGCCUCUGUCUAUGGUAGUUUUCGUCUCAGUUCCAUGGGAAAGAGCAAAUUAUUUAUAAUCAAAGCACCCCUGAAGAUAUCGCAUUUCUGACGACAUGAAAGUGCUUCAAUCAUGUGAGUAACAGCUCAUGCACCUGUUUCGCUAAUCUUGCAGCGAGCAUUCUUAAUGCUUGAUUACUUUAAUCAUUCUAACAAGACAGAUCUGGUGGGUCAGAGUA